AUGGAAAAGCGUGGCCUUACGAAGGAAGUCAACAUCAUAUUGACAUCUGAUCAUGGAAAUGAACAGCGAGUCAAGUUUGGCCACAACAUGAUUUACACCGAUACUCAAGCCCUUGCUCGUGAAGUGUAUAAUAAUCUAUCAAAUGCUGUGGAUGAGACACUUUUGAAGAUCAGAGUUUUUACAAAACAUGGCUUUCCUAAUGAUCAUUUCUACAAGGGAAUGUCAUCGCGAAUAGGUGACGUCAUACUCGAACCCGACAUCGGUUACGACGUGGAUUUCACUUGUACGAGGAAGCAGUUAGACAAGCUAUACGACUACGGAAGGAUAAAAUUGAACAAAGCUUCACAUGGCCAAGAUCCAAAAAAUAGCGAAAUGCUUGCUAUGCUUGUUAUUGGUGGACCCGAUGUCGUCAAGCCUCAAAGAGUCGGAAGAACCGCACAUAUUAUCGAUUUAUAUCCUUUAAUGUGUCACCUUCUUGACAUUCCUGCUGCUCCAAACAAUGGAACAUUCAGCAGGAUUGCGUCAACAUUUUAUCUCAAAAAUUACAGACAUGGG